AAAAAAAACACACAGGAGAGAAAGAGGCAGAGAAAGAAACGAGUGGGGGAAAAGAGUGAAGUAUUGUAACAGCUGGCAGGUACUGUGACAGUGAGGGAACUCUACUAGCAGGAGCUUUGCUUAGAGGAGUCUUCUUACCAUGGGGAAGUCAGCCUCCAGGCUUUUUUGUGAGGAGGUGCUGAAGACUCAUAAUGAUUACAGGAGGAAACAUCAAGCCCCACCUUUAAAACUCAGCAGUAAACUGAGCCGUGAUGCAGCAAGAUAUGCUGAGAGCCUUGCUAGCACCAGGAUUCUGAAGCACAGUGCUGAGUCUAGUAGAGGAAACUGUGGAGAAAAUUUAGCAUGGGCAUCUUAUGAUCAAACAGGUAAAGAUGUGUCUGAUCGCUGGUAUAAUGAAGUGAACCAGUACAACUUCAACCAGCCAGGAUUCUCUUCUGCAACUGGUCACUUCACUGCAGUAGUGUGGAAAAGCUCGAAGAAACUCGGUGUGGGUAAAGCUGUGGCCUCAGAUGGUUCUACCUUCGUAGUGGCACGUUAUUUCCCUGCCGGCAACAUUACCAAUCAGGGCCACUUCCAGGCCAAUGUCCUGCCCCCUAAAAGCUGAUCCAAAUGUAGCUGGACAUAAUGAGAACAAAGGUAGGGAGGGGAAAAGAAAGAGGACAGGGAACAGCUGCAAUUGGAGAGACUUUCACCUGGAGGAUCAAACAGCAACUGCACAGCGCAGACUUUGGUUGCCUUAGAUAACAGGUCUUACUUGAAUAAAGAGCAUAACUUUUCAUUUUUAGGCUUUUAUUAACUUGAAUACGAAGAGGCUUAUGUUAAACCUAAAGUGUUAUAGCUAAUGCUAGUUAUACAGUUAAUUCAAAAUUAUACUUUCAUAGUGGUAAGGUCAUUGUGGGCCACAUACUUGGGUAUGUGGAUGUCAGCAUAACAGUAUUAGAAAUGAUUUUUAUGAAUCAAGUGAACGCAUAUCUAAUCAGUUUUGGUAACAUUCAUCCCUUUAUGGUCAUUCUUCAGUAUUUGUUUGAUUAUUCUUAUGUGUUUGUAUAUUAAUAUGAAUUAAAAUGGAAAGUGUUCAAAUAGUCA